AUGCACCUCCUCUUCGGCGCCGGUAGUCGCUCCUACCGCCACCCGUCAACGCCGCGAUCCCGCCGCCAUCCCACGACUCCGCGCGUGCUUCACGCGCCCCCGCAGCAGCGACCCUUCGCCGCCACGGUCAUGCUCGCGGCGCUCGCGCUGCUCGCGGCGUGCGUCGCGCUGCGGCCCGACCAGAUGCUGAGAAGAUUCACGAACCGCGGUUGCCCCGCUGCGUCCAGCCUGGCCGAAUACGACCUCGUUCUGAUCGCCGAGGGCAGCAUGGCAGCGCGGGUGGUGGCGUUGUGCGGAAUGGAGGCGCUGGCAGGGGCGGCGGGGUUCUCGCUCAAGGUGCUCUGGCUCACAGACGCGCCCGUGCACGCCGCUCCCUUCCCCUCGCUCUUCUCCCUCCCCGCCCACCCCAAGAUCUCCAAACCCGACCUUCGGUGGGCAGUGGAGGACGUAUCGCCCGAGUGUGUGGCAGGGCCGCUGCUGCAGUCGCCACCACACGGCUUCAGAUACAAAGCAGUGUCAGUGGGGGACUGUGGGGCGGCGACAGGAGUGGGAGGCAGUGCAGCAAGCGGGGUGUUCCGCAUGCCGGUCAGGCUGCUUGUGUCCACUCGAGCCAGCACAUGGGAGGGAUGGGCGGACGACCCGUGUUGGAUGGCGGACGAGUUGGCAGCAUGUCUGCACUCGCUGCAUCCCUCACCAGCCGUGGCACGCCUGCUAGCAGCAGAGGACAUUCCACGUGUGCGCCGCUCCACUGCGGCUUUCCUCGAGGACACCCCUCUGGACACCUGCACCGGCUGCCCCGCCAACAUAUCUCAGAUCAUCCCGCCCUUCUGCGAGGUUUGCAACACGCGCCGCUUCUCCCACUCCCUCGCCGCCUGCACGGCCCGCCGCCUCGCCUACGACUUCCUGCGGGACCCAUCCCUCGACUUCACCAUUGCAUCUGCUCUGCCCUCCGCUGCUGCCGCCGCGGUGGGCAUGUUCCAUGCGUCGCGCGAGCCGCUGCUGCUGGAGAGCAGCAGGCGGAGGGCGCAGCUGCAGUGCUUGGGGAGUGGUGUGAGACGGAGAGGGGUGGCGGAAGAUGGGGGGAUGGUGGGGGGGGGCAGGAGGGCGGAGUGUGCUGAGCUUGAGGUGACGGAGUUCCUAGCGCUAUCACACGCGCCCGCGUUCUUCUCAUCAGUGCCGCUGUCCCCAGAGGCGGAGCUCAUCACAGGGCUCGCCACCGCCCUGCGCGGGGCAGCCGGCCCGCCCUUCCGCCAGGCGCCCGUGUGCACGUCCCCCAAGCUCUUCCCCCUCGCCAGCCUGCGCUUCGCCUACCAGAUGAUCGUCGAUGAGCACCUGGGGUUGAUAUACUGCUUCGUGGAGAAAGUAGCGUGCACGAGCUGGAAGAUGUGGCUGCGCGCCGCACACGGCUUCAGCAACCUCACGGACUACAACUACACGCACCAUGCGCACCUCAACGGGCUCACACUCAUGUACCGGGAUCUAGACGAGGACGAUGCUAUUCGGCAGCUGACCCGGAGGGACCUGGUGAAGUUUGUGUUCGUGCGGAAUCCGUUUUCGCGGCUGCUGAGCGCGCAUGCGGAUAAGCUGGUGAACGGCGGGGAGAAGCACAAUGUGACGCUGUGGAACCAUCGGAUAUUUGGGCGGGAGCGGCUGGAGCAGCAUGGGGAGAGGGUGGAUGUGCCAGUGGGGUUCAAGGCAGCAGUGCGCAUGGUGGCGGAUAUAGUGCGCGAGACAGGGGGCAAUGGGGAUGCUCACAUCGCCACUCAGGCGCAGCUGUGUGGGCUGCACAUGAUCCGCUACGACGAGGUGGGGCGCUUUGAGACUCUGCACGACGACGUUGAGCGCGUGGUCACGCGCCUCAACCGCUCCCACGUGGACCCUGCACGCAUCUUCAAGCUUGGGUCACAGACCCACAAGACUCGUGCAGAGCAGAGGAUGCGCGCUGCCUACGAUAAGUGUACUGAUGUUUGGAAUGAUCGGCAUGAUGUGCGCGUUCUGUGGCAGGAGACGAUUGAGAUUGUGAGGCAAGCGUAUGCUGCGGAUUUUCAUGUUCCAUUGAACCACAUAGACUACGACAUUCCAGAUGUGCUGCGAGACAUAGCAGAAGGUAAGGAAGAGGGGGCACAUACAGGAGUAGAGGGGGAGCAGUUGCCUGAGGAUAGUGUUCAAAACUAA